UCGUUGCGUUUCGAGGUCCUCGCUGAAGAUGGCCGAGCACGGGCGACACGAGUAUCACUUCGAAACCUCGACUGUUUGACCCCCUUAUUUAUGCCAGUUGGAACGCAAGGUAAGUUUCGUGAAUUGUACAUGACGUUCUGUCUGCGAGCCACAUAUUUUUUACGAAAUACAGGGACAGUAAAGGUUGUACUUGGCAACACUUACCACCUUGAGAACCGACCAGGAUCAGAGAUCUUGGAUAUGUUCAAUGGGCUUCCUGCCUUCAUAAAUUGGAAGCGGGGCACACUGACAGAUAGUGGAGGUUUUCAGAUGGUCAGUCUACUUGAUCUUGCUGAUAUAGAGGAAGGAGUUGCUUUUCAAUCACCUGUGGAUGGCAGACAACUGUUUCUGACUCCUGAACGAUCCAUGAACAUACAGAAUAGUAUCGGCGCCGAUAUUUUGAUGGCACUUGACGACGUUGUAAGCUCCGCUAGUACGAAUGAUACGCGCUUCGAGCAGGCAACGCGCCGUACCAUCGAAUGGCUAGAUCGUUGCAUCUCAGCUCAUCGUCGGCCAUAUCAACAGGCCAUGUUCGGCAUUAUCCAAGGAGGCACUGAUAAGUAUCUGAGAACCACUAGCAUUGAAGGAUUGCUGGGCAGAAAUCAUCACCUUCCCGGUUACGCGAUCGGAGGACUGGCUGGCGGUGAACAUAAGAAAACAUUUUGUGAAAUUGUUUCGCAGUGCUGCUCAAGACUGCCUCGGGACAAACCCAGAUAUGUCAUGGGCGUUGGGUAUCCACUAGAUAUCGUGGUAUGCUCUGCACUUGGAGCUGACCUGUAUGACUGCGUCUAUCCUUCGCGCACAGCUCGCUUUGGAACAGCCCUUAUUCCAGAGGGGGUGCUUCGCCUAAAGACAACAUCUAUGGCUACCGAUUAUCGACCACUCGACAGUGACUGUGACUGCCUAGUAUGUAAGAAUUAUUGUCGUGCUCACCUUCACGCCAAAAUUAAAAAGGAUCCAAGUGCUGCUAGUUUGUUGACAUACCACAACAUCAGGUUUCAGAUGCGUCUGUGCACAGAUAUGCACAUAGCAAUAGCCGAGCAGCAGUUUACGCCAUUUGUUCAGGCCUUUGUUCGCCGUAUGUUCCCACAACGCCCUUUACCUCAAUGGUUGCGAGAAGCCUUCGAACUUGCAACUAUUGAAGUUUAACUUCCUAGAAAACACUCGAUUAAUGUUGCGAUAUCAUGGGACUGGGCUACGGUAGGGCCAGAAUACGCGCUUAUUUUCCUAGCAAUGCCCGAACUGCGAGGAUAAUAUUUUUCUUUUUCGACGCACUUAUCCAGAGAUAACCAUUAUUACCCAGCACGCCUUCGAAUGGAAUUGCAUCUCCCAAUCGUGACAUAGCAGAAACACCUCCGCCCGACAUCAGUUCUUGCAGCACGUGGAAUCUGCACCAAAAUAAAUAUCCAUGACGAAUUAUCCCGAGGUCGUGUGCAAGCCCGUUUAUGUUCUUACAGCUCAAUAUCGGUUCACCUGCCAAACUCAAAUUGACGACCCUUGCACAGAUAACUGAGCCAACCAGAAAAUUCGGAGAAAGCUGUUCACGGGCACCUUCGAAAGUAAAAAGCGAAAGAGCGGCUGUGGAAGUAGUACCGAUAUCAACUACGUACGCGUUCGAACGAAAUGCCUUCACUAUACCGACGACAGUGUCGUUAAUAGCGGGAAGGUAUUUUUGUACGUUCGUCUCCAGCUUUCCCGCUAUCUCACAUUCGAACAUCAAUUUGCAAGCGAUAGUUGAAAGGAUAAUCUUCAAAAGUAACUUCUCUUUCCGCUCGAAAUAUGCAGGAGUUCAAUGAACUACGCGAAUAAAAACACAGGGCGGUACUUGAGUGUUGUCGCGAAAGAAGAUGAUUAUUUUUUAAAUUAAUAACGUAUGUUUCGCGCGCGGGUGCUCGCGCGUCCACUUUUGUACCUUCGAAGGUA